AACCGGUUUCACUAGAAAACAACAUCCGAUCGUUUGGGAAUCCAUUUUAAAAGUAGAGAGAGAGGACAAGGACCAUAAUCCAAGAACUCUCAAUUAACAAUGUCUCAUCACCCAUCCUUCUCAGAAAAAACUCCCUAAUAUUCCUUGAUCAAAACUUCAAUCGAAUUCUUAGGAAUAUAUGCUUCUUGGCGGAAUUACAAGCAAAACAAAUAAUAGUUUAAGAAACAAUCGGAACAAGAAAUUAUAUGAUUUUCUAUCCUAGAGACAGAUUGUCCUUGUCAGAGAACCCUCAAAAGGCCAAACGAGUUGUCAUAGUAUCGAAUCGGGGUUUUCUUAGCAAAAGAGUGAAGAAAAAUUCAAUGUGGGUCUGUACCAAGCGAUCAUUUUGACAGAAAGAAAAGUGGCUGAAACAGAUGUAUCAGAAAUCUUUAGAUUUAACAUGGAAUUGUUUCGAACGAUGUGAGAUUGUGUCGUAACUAGCGAAAUUCAAUAUGGGUUUGUCAAAGAACAAGCAAAUUCUACGUGGCAUACACCAUAAAGUACCAGUAAAAUGUAAUUCCACUUAGUUAAGGAAGAAAUCUAAGCUUGCUCUACAGAAUCAGAAGUCCUUGGCCAAGAUGCACAGACCUAUUCUCAGAGGUGGACAACAGCAGGCUCAGCCCAUGCCUUUUGCAGCACCAACAUGGUAUCAGCCGCCAACAGUGACUCCUUCAAUCAAUUCAACAUAUCCUUUAGCUUCAUCAGGAAUGGGUCCACCAUCAGACUUAAGUAUGAGUUCGAGAUUGACUUCAGUUGCAAAUCAGAUUUCCAAUUCUAGGCCGUUUUCUCCUGCUCCAAAUGCUCAAUUUUCUGAUAUGCUUCCUGCUCUGCAAGAGAAAAGCCUGGAUGAACUUAAUCAGCUUUUGAUGGACAAGAAAGCAUACAAUUUGUUUCUGCAUUCUUUGGAACCUGUGAGACAUCUUGAUUCAUUGCGUGGAGAACUUAUGAAAGGGCAUGCAGACCUGGCGAGAAAUAACCUUGCCAAGGAUUCACAGAUUGCAGAGCUCCGGAAUCAGUGUACUAUUAUAAGAACAACAGAGCUUGCAGCAGCUAGAGAGAGGUUUGAGGAGGUUCAGAAACAGGAGAAAGAGAUAACUGCAACUUGUUCUUCAUCAGCGCUUCUUGAUAGACUUCAAGAAGCUGCCACAAAAGUGGAUGAUGAAUCAGAAGUUUUGCAUGAAAAGCUUUUAUCUGGGGAUAUUGAUCUCACUGAGUUCAUUCAGAAAUACAAAAAGCAGAGGAUAUUGUAUCAUAGAAGGAUGCUGAUUCAUCUUGCAGCCAAAACAUCUUUGGGAACCCCAGGGUAGAAUGUUUCCAUUCAUACCUCAAUAUUUAAAAAAAAAAAACUCAAAAUAUAAAAAACUUAAGGAGUAAUACUCUUAUGCAAUUAAUGUUUUCAUGAUUUCAGAGCAGCUCGAUCUGGUUCUGGAACAAUUUUUUUGUCAAGUUAAAUUGGUGGAAUUAAAUUUGAUAUUACAAUGCUCAAUAGAAAUGGGUUUAUUGACCUUGUAUUAGUGAUGACUGAUAAUCAUAGCUGGUGAAAUAUGUUUCCCCUUGAUUUCAGAAUUGAGAUUGUCAUGGCUCUGACAUCUCUGUCCUUUACUUUGGAGGAAAUUCAAACUACAAGUGCAAAUUUUCUAUAUCUUUGUAAUAAUAUUUGGUAUUAUCAGCUACUAUGCUCAAUUUCUUUUGAUUAAUUCUCUCGUGUCAAGCUUAUGAAGCAAUGUUGCUUAAUCCUUGAGGAUGUCCAAGAUCCUUUGGAAAUGUAAUUAUUCUAACUCUUCUGUCAAUAUUAGUGCGUGGUAUUGCUAGUUUUAUAAACA